UUCAGGCUAGCUUGCGUGGUCGUAAUAUUCAGGUUUGUGUGCAGACGAAUGACUAAUAAUAUCAGUGUCGACAGUAGCAUCUAAGAUUUACGUCUGAGAGGUUAAUUCUUUCAAAGGAGCCGUUCGGUAAUAUCAUUCAGUGCAGGGCACUUACUACGAACGCAGCGCGGUGUCAGUUAGGUUUAUGUUGGUGAAGCUCAACUGGGAAAAUGCAAACGUAAGCCAGGCCAGAUAGCUGAACGCUGGCUGGCUGUAUUCAACCACACGAGGGCAUAAAUGAUUUCAUGAACGAAUUUGCAGAGUUGGUCUUCAACAGUGGUGAAGAUGCGGAAGGACGUCAGAAUAUUACUGGUGGGAGAGCCCAAGGUGGGGAAGACUUCCCUGAUCAUGUCGCUGGUCAGCGAGGAGUUCCCACAGGUGGUGCCCUACCGGGCUGAAGAGAUCACCAUACCGGCAGACGUCACCCCAGAGAGAGUUCCUACACACAUAGUAGACUACUCAGAGGCGGAACAAACAGAUGAGCAGUUGUCUUCAGAGAUAUCAAAGGCCAAUGUGAUUUGCAUAGUGUACGCCGUCAACAACAAGAAGUCCAUUGAGAAGGUGACCAGCCAUUGGAUUCCACUUAUAAAUGACAAUACAGACAAGGACAGCAGGGUUCCUGUCAUCCUGGUCGGGAACAAGUCUGACCUGGUGGAACACAGCAGCAUGGAGACCAUCCUGCCCGUCAUGAACCAGUACACUGAGAUCGAGACAUGUGUGGAGUGUUCAGCAAAGAACCUGAAGAACAUAUCUGAGUUGUUUUACUACGCCCAAAAGGCUGUCCUGCACCCCACUGGCCCUUUAUACUGUCCAGAGGAGAAACAGAUGAAGCUCGCCUGCAUCAAAGCGCUGACUCGCAUCUUCAAGGUAUCAGACCUGGACAACGAUGGGAUUCUCAAUGAUAAUGAGCUCAACUUCUUCCAGAGGACAUGCUUCAAUGCCCCACUGGCAUCCCAGGCCCUGGAGGAUGUGAAGAACGUUGUGAGGAAGAACGUGAUCGACGGUGUGUGUGACAACGGCCUCACUCUCAAAGGGUUCCUGUUCCUCCACAUCCUCUUCAUCCAGAGGGGGAGACAUGAGACCACCUGGACGGUCCUCAGGAGGUUCGGCUACGACGACGACCUGGAACUCCACCAGGACUACCUGUUCCCACUCACGUUGAAAGUACCUCCAGACUGCACCACCGAGCUGAAUCACAAUGCCUACCUCUUCCUGCAGAGUGUCUUUGACAAACAUGACAAGGACCGGGACUGUGCCCUGUCCCCAGAGGAGCUGAAGGACCUGUUUGACGUGUUCCCCUACAUGCCCUGGGGCCCCGACGUCAACAACACGGUGUACACCAACGACCAAGACUGGAUCACCUACCAGGGCUACCUGUCCCAGUGGACGUUGACCACCUACCUGGAUGUCCAGCGCUGCCUGGAGUACCUGGGUUACCUUGGUUACUCUAUCAUCUCUGAGCAGGAGUCCCAGGCAGCAGCCAUCACAGUAACGAGGGACAAGAAGAUUGACCUGCAGAAGAAGCAGACCCAGCGCAGUGUGUUCCGCUGUAACAUCUUCGGGGACAGCGGCAGUGGCAAGAGCGGCUUCCUGCAAGCCUUCCUUGGAAGAAACCUCACGCGUCAAAACAUCGUUAGCGAAGAGCACAUGUCCUACUAUGCUAUCAGCACAGCAUAUGUGUAUGGUCAGGAGAAAUACCUACUGCUCCACGAAGUUUUCCCAGACUUUGACGUCCUCUCGGACACUGACCUGGCUUGUGACAUUGUGUGUCUGGUGUACGACGCCAGCAACCCCCACUCCUUCGAGUACUGCGCCAGAGUCUUCAAGCAGUACUUCAUGGACACCAAGACGCCGUGCAUGAUGAUCGCAGCCAAAUCGGACCUCCAGGAGACCAAGCAGCUAUACGCCCUCACCCCUCUGGAGUUCUGUAGGAAGCACAAGAUGCCCCCUCCGCAGGCCUUCACCUGCAACACGGCAGACGCACCCUGCAAAGACAUCUACACCAAACUUACCACCAUGGCCAUGCACCCUCACGCUCGGCUGCGCUGUAUGUGUACCUGUAACAGGUGCACCUUCUGCCACCUGCAGAACUUCAUCAACUCAGAGCUGGUGCAGACGGUGAAGGCCAAGCUCUACGCCGCCAUUCUCAGCAGACAUGUGACACAGGCUGACCUGAAGAGCUCCACCUUCUGGUUGAGAGUGAGCGUGGGAGCCACUGUGUUCGCCGUGCUGGGCUUCGCCAUGUACAGAGUGCUGCUCAAACAACGGUGAUCCACCCACCACUGUGCAAAUCCAACCUCGGCGAGACUUGUACCCAAAUUUGUUUGUGCUGUUUUACCAACUACUAGGUCUAUAAGUGAAAAGCUAGGAUUCACUACAGUCUCCCAUUGACAUGAAUAUAUGACUAAGUGAAAAUUCAACUUAAGUGCAAGUUAGGAUCUGCCCCAUAGGCAAUAGGAUCUGGACCAGGCUAAACCUUGCACCCUCUCCCAAUAAAUAUCCCUCUAAGAUCAUAAAAGAUCCACUAUGUCCCCGAUGUGAUGAGGGGAAAAAGCAAACCUUAUUUAGUUUUACACCUAGAGACUUCACAAGAAACGGACUGCUGCUGUUCUUUAUUUUGGCGUCUGCGUACUCAGUAUGUCUAUAUAUAAUAUUUAUAUUGAAAAUGUGAUUAUCUAAGUACUGAUGAAGCUCGUGAUUUCUUCUCUUUGCGCAUUAUAUAAAACAUUUUUUUGGGGGGGGAUACCUGUGUGGAUUGAAAUGGUGAAACAACUCAAUCUUAAUCAGUUGAAGUAAGGGUAGUGAAAUGGGUACGCAAAAGAACCAAUACAAUACACAAAAACAUACGCUUUAAAACAAAUACUGAAACAAUGUGUAAAUAAUGUGUAUAUAUAACUGCUUCUAUAUUUGUUUUAUUUGAACAAACGGGACAUUAUAAAGUUCAUAUGCUGAAGCUAUAAUGGUUCAACAAAGCCACAUUCUAUGCUAUAAAGGGAUUAGCUUUCACCCAGUUAUUUAGUAUUUUCUAAUAUCCUCAAACCUGUUCAGUAAAGGCUGUUCUGCUGUUUUUAAAUGAAGGUUGUUCUUUAGUUUGCCUUCCAGGGCCAGAAGCUUGGUGGCACACUUACAAAUUUGUAAGGCUGAAUCAGCCCAUGUUCAAUCAAUGGAUGUUCUGUAUGGGAUGAUACUUUCUGGGUGUCUGCGCCUUACCCCUAGAACUCAGUAAGGCAGAAGUAUCCUCUGUGGCCCUCCCAUGGCUUCCUGUAUGGGUAUGGAUCACCCAGGUGGUGUGUGUGUUGGGCGUGCAUGUCAAAUCAAACGGUGUGUGUUGGGCGUGCAUGUCAAAUCAAACGGUGUGUGUUGGGCGUGCAUGUCAAAUCAAACGGUGUGUGUUGGGCGUGCAUGUCAAAUCAAACGGUGUGUGUUGGGCGUGCAUGUCAAAUCAAACGGUGUGUGUUGGGCGUGCAUGUCAAAUCAAACGGUGUGUGUUGGGCGUGCAUGUCAAAUCAAACGGUGUGUGUUGGGCGUGCAUGUCAAAUCAAACGGUGUGUGUUGGGCGUGCAUGUCAAAUCAAACGGUGUGUGUUGGGCGUGCAUGUCAAAUCAAACGGUGUGUGUUGGGCGUGCAUGUCAAAUCAAACGGUGUGUGUUGGGCGUGCAUGUCAAAUCAAACGGUGUGUGUUGGGCGUGCAUGUCAAAUCAAACGGUGUGUGUUGGGCGUGCAUGUCAAAUCAAACGGUGUGUGUUGGGCGUGCAUGUCAAAUCAAACGGUGUGUGUUGGGCGUCCAUGUCAAAUCAAACGGUGUGUGUUGGGCGUGCAUGUCAAAUCAAACGGUGUGUGUUGGGCGUGCAUGUCAAAUCAAACGGUGUGUGUUGGGCGUGCAUGUCAAAUCAAACGGUGUGUGCUUGAUAUGUGAGGCUGUACAGUUAUUAUAUUUGCAGGAGCUGAAUUUGCAUGCUUUGCUUUUUUCUGAUCAUCAUCCAAUAUUGUUAUAAUAUCAAAUACACUGUUAUUAUGAAGCCAACAUUCUUCUCAAUGGUACUAUUCCAAUUAUCCAAAUGUUAUGCAGCACCCCCAACUCCCAGAACAUUAGGACAAUUGUUUCACAUUUUGCCUUUCCAAUGUUUAUAAUAAAUAAAUCCACUUUAA